GGCUCUAUACAUAUGAACUCUCUGGUACUUUCAGGGGGAGUCCCUCUCUCAUCCGAAACAAAACUUGACCCACAUGUGUUGCUUCACUCUUGACGCCAUAACAGGUCACUUACAAAAAUGCUGCACGCGAGUAAGAUGUGUCAAAGAAUGUUUUGCUUGGUGGCAAAGAGCUUUUGUCCCCACUAAGCUCCAAUGCAUUUCAGGAAUCUUAAAAAAAGAGAGAGAUGAUGACCCUUUAAAGGGCAGCUGUGCCAUCAGCUGUUGGUAUUUGUCAGACAUCACCUGGAACAAACCCAGCAUCGGGGCAUUUAAAUUUUAAAGUACACUUGCCACAGCUGUUUUCACAACACUCUGUAGUCCCACUCAGAGCUGCUCCAUGCUGUCCUUCUGAUCCUCUCUAACCAGCGUCGUUGCUGAUUUGAAAAAGGUUUUAUUCCUCUGAAUAAUAAUAUUCCUCCGCGUUUGCCUGCGAAUAUCUCCCCCUCCCCAUGGGUUCAUUAGUUGCCAAGCUUCUUCUCCCAACUCUCAGCAGCCUCGUCUUCCUCCCCACCAUCAGCAUUGCAGCCAAGAGAAGGUUCCACAUGGAGGCCAUGGUUUAUUUCUUCACUAUGUUCUUUGUUGCGAUUUACCAUGCGUGUGAUGGACCGGGUUUGUCAGUGCUGUGUUUCAUGCGGUAUGAUAUCCUGGAGUACUUCAGCAUCUAUGGGACAGCUUUGUCCAUUUGGGUAUCACUGAUGGCUCUGGCAGAGUUCGAUGAGCCUAAAAGGUCAACCUUUGUGAUGUUUGGCGUGCUCACCAUAGCGGUGAGGAUUUACCAUGACCGAUGGGGAUACGGCGUCUACUCAGGACCAAUCGGUACGGCCGUCCUCGUGAUAACUGUGAAAUGGCUGCAGAAGAUGAAAGAGAAGAGAGGCCUGUACCCGGACAAGAGUGUCUACACACAACAGAUCGGCCCAGGCUUCUGCUUUGGGGCAUUAGCGCUCAUGCUGAGAUUCUUUUUUGAGGAGUGGGAUUACACCUACGUGCACAGCUUCUACCAUUGUGCUUUGGCCAUGUCCUUCGUCCUGUUGUUGCCCAAGGUGAACAAGAAGGCAGGGAAUGGAGGAAACCCUGCCAAACUGGACUGCUCCACUCUCUGCUGUUGUGUGUGAGAUCCGCCCCCUUGCUUGGAGACUGGGGCUUCUGCGUCCCAGCAGGCACCACUUCACAACCAUGAAGGACUGUAAGAAAGUUACACAGCCUCGCUCUUUCUUCCAGUGCGGAUUAUGGCCAGAAACAAGCUGCCAGUUUCCUACGGUUGAAAAGAAUUUCACUACCACCUCCCACACCGAAGUGUAGGUUGUUACAAAUUUUUAAUUUGCUGAUGAACAAACCUGAGAGGUCUCCUCUCUUGGUCACCAUUCAUGCCAGCAUCCAUGUGUCUAUGUAGUCAACUGAUAACUUUAACAGUAACUAUCUAUUACCCACACAGAAAUAGUUGUCCACCUUGGAGAAUUCCUGGCUGGCAAAUGCUCCUGUUGACUACAACUGAGUAAAUCCAGGAGGUCUGUGCCUCUCCCAGAGAGUUCUGCGGUCUGCAUAUACCCAGGGAGCAACACAUUUUGUUUGCCUUUGGAAAUGAGUAUGACUGUUGCACCUUGAACACUUGCAAGUGUGCGUUUGCUAAGCUGGAGUGAGUGGGGUAUUGCUUGUUGUAACAUUGAAGUAACAGAGCCUGUAUUUUUGCUAGAAAUUUACUGUUUAAUUUAUGCCUCCUCUCAACAUUCUAUAUUUAACAUACUGAUUUUGUAAGUAAGGCCCAACUGAACCUAUAACACUGUGAUUUGUGUAGAGAGCAGAUACCAGACUUUAGGGUCACACAACCCCCCUAGCCUUAAUGUUGUUAUUAGAAGUUUACAGACAGAGAGGAGAUAGGAUCCCUGCCCAUGAGAGCUUAGAGUCUAAACAAGGCAAGACAACCCCCAAAGAAGGUGCCUAUCCAGAAGGGGGAGAGUAGAAGGUUUGUGGAUGAGAAAAGGAAUUGGCUGGAGUGGAAUGUGGAGAAGAAGAGCAGGCAAAGAAAGACUGCUCCAGCUGUAAAAAGCAGCAUGACUAGACACAGAAGCCAUGGCCCUGAAUGACCAAGGAGGCCAGCUGAAAUUUGAGGUGAUAUGACCCUAGAUGAAUGACCUGUGGAGUCACUGGCAGGGUUUGGGGGUUAGGCAGAGCACGGUAUAGCCUAGCUUGUAACUUGGGAACACAGAGCCUCCAGUUCUUUGUUCUCCUCUCCUACUCUCUCCAGCUAGUCACCGGAUCUCUGGCAAAUACAGAACAAACCCCUGGUGCUCUGGCUUAGCUCCCACUCCUCACUGGGCAAAACUGCUUGGCAAAGCCAAUGGCAGGUUUGCCCAAGAGAAGACAGAAUGAGAAGCUGAAGGAUUUGGCCCCCAGCUACGUCCUCUCCUCUGCCAAAUCCACUCUGCCUCGGAGUCAGCUGCAACACUGGGCACUUUGUGCUUGCAAACCUGCUUGGCUUACCCGGCCACCAGGGGUGCUUACACAGAAGCUCAUUAAUAUGUGAACUACAUGGAAAAUUAGAGGCACUGUGAGAAGCUCCUGGACGGGUGGGGAAGAGCCAAAACCCCUCUAGCAUCCCAUUGAGCAGACUAUUUACUAAAGUAGACAUGCAUGAUUCAUUUAGACUGUCUGGGAGACAAGCCAAGUCUAUAUGUCAUGGACAAUUAGAGUGGGAUUGAUAUACAGUGAUGGCCAUUGAAGGCCUGGUGUUAGUUCCUCGGGAACAGAACUCCAUGGGGGUCAUUCAUCAGAGUGGCCUCCUGCUCGCAGGGCAACAACUAAAAAUGAAUGGGCUUCCAAACACAAAUAAAUGAAAAAGGCACAAUGGGCCCAGCCACCACUACCAUGCUGGUGCUGCCAGGGUACCACCAAUGCUGCUACCUCCAGGUACACAGGACAUGCCCUAGCCUUGCGAAGUCUCAGGGCUGGACUUUCCACCUUAGCACCCACUUGGACACCGACACAAGCAGUUUUCCAAAGAGAUGAGCGCAGGGCCCCAUGCUGGAUAGCAGACAGGUCCACCGUGAAUCACUGCCUGGGCAGUCACAUUUUGUCCCUGGCGUGCAUGGUUUUUGAAGUGCUCCUUCUCCAUCUAGGGGCUGUUCGGAGUGCCCAAUAGAUGACACAGAUGUCUUUGUUAGAGCACAUGGAGGUCUCAAGGUUAUUCAGAGGGAGAAGAAUGCUAGAAGCAUUCCCACCUCAUGUCCGAAGGAGCGUUCUUCAGAGGAAUACUGCCCACCCCAUAGGAAUCUGUGUCAAAUGCAACCUUCAAUAGCCCAGGAUAAAACCGAAGACCACACCCACACAGAAUAUAUUUACCAUGCAUGAGGGUCCAUAGCCUCAUGCGUAGGAAAUGGAUGUUCUUGCAGCCACGCUGCUGGAUUAGACGGCAGGUGCUCAAUUGGUCUUUCUCUGCCUUAGUGUCUCAUCCCUAGAAGUGGGAUGGAAACACCUCUCCACUCUCCUAGGGCCAGUGCAAGCUGUUCAGAUACUAAAGUUACUGGGGUCUCUACACGUAACUGUAUUGAGCAGCUAAGCUUAGCUCUACGUUUGGAAAGAGCACACGUUUUUUUAAAGACAUACCACAUAUAUUAUCCAACCAGUACCAACCCAAAGCACCCUGGACAAUCUGCCUUCAGCUCACACGACUCCACCCAUCUCCCAUCUGUCUCUUUACUCACCGGCCACACCUUGUUCUAACUCAUAGACUGGAAGAUCUCCAAAGUACAGAUUGUCUUUGUUUUAGCCUUUUGUACAGCACCUUGCACAAGAGGGCCAUGCACCCUGACUGGAGACUCCACGUGCUUCUGUCCUCUGAACAAUCAGCAUCCCCAUGAGCAAGCGCUCUGGGCAGACCAUGAGAUGUACUUUAAUUUGCUGGAUUUCUGAGCAUGCUGCAAAAAAUAAUUUCAAAGUAACCAUUUGCAUGUAUUUAACUUGCCUGUUCUGCAACUGUUUUUUUAAGAGGGAGGGAGGGAAGAAUCAUUUCUGGAAGGGUUUUUAAAAAUGUAUU